CGCACCACUCAUCAAUCGGCACACAGACACUCCGUAGCCAUUUUGGCUCAAGCCAUUAUUGCAAGGAGUCCACUUCGACCCAAGUUGCUUUCUUCAGUCGUUCCCGCGUGGCCAGUCUAAGGACCUCCUUGCCAAUUUCGCUGCAAUGGCAAAUUUGACGUAUGCCGGCCGCGUCUACCAGAACCCGAUGAACCCCCAGGAGAUUUGGGCCAACAUUGGUUGGAAUACGCAUGGCAAACAGCUAUUCCCGCCGUGGGAACCCGCACUUGGGGCAGACGUGUCUGAGGGCGACUACAAUAAGAUCAUGGACGCCCUCCAGUCCGAGUUUGCAAACAGCCCCACCCCGAAUUUUGCUUUAGCACACUGCGCCAUGAUGCUCUGCAUCCUCACGGGGGGAAUCCUCUCCUGUCCUCUGUGCUACCUGAAGAUGAAGAUCAACGAGUUCAACGCGAAGCUGAAGGAGCUUCCCGGCAGGGGCAGCAUGGAUCUCUGCCUGGGGGGCCACCUUUGGGCUACAACGUCAUUUUUACCUUGCCUGCAAGUCUGUCAUGGCCGCCCAAUGGCGCGCCAGGACAACACAUGAUGGCGGCCCCAACGACCGCCGUUGUCACUGGGGCUCAAGACGUCGCCCAGAAGAUCAUGUCGCUCAAGCAGUUGCUCGAUGCAGGUGCGCUUACUCAGGAAGAGUUCGACGCGAAAAAGCAGCAGCUCAUGGAUCAGAUGUGAGCGUGGUGACAUCUAUGGGGCCUCAGCUGGAUACCAGUGUAAAGCCGCCAGCGCCUUAGCGUCUGAGGCCUCGACCGCACUUUUUUGUUUCCUAACCAUAAUGUGGUUUGGGUCCUCGUUGCCCCCUCCCUCCUCCCAUCCCUGCUUCUGUUUUCACUUAUUAUUCCCUCCCUCCGCCUCUCCUCCACAAUGCCCGUGUAGGGCACGGCGCGCGAGCAGAGUAUGUCUUGAUCCGUCAGUCGCCAC